UGCAACCACUAGCUGCAGUAGAGGCUGAUUCAUAAAUGACAACACAACAAUAAGCAACAUGUCAAUCCAGGGAUGUUGGAUAUUGGAGGGGAAAAUUAUUUUCAUGCGCUCAUAACUGGACAAAAACAGAGGCGGGUCUCUCGAAACGUUUGUCUGAAGUACUCAAGGUUAGAUAAAAUACGUUCAGUUAGAAGGCAGGGAUUUUUAACCAGCAAACUCGUACACGUGGUGAACAUACAUGAUAUCUUUCGUUUUGUCUUGUAAAGCAGAAUGAGUAGCAGUGAUGAUAUGACAUGGAUUGCUUGGUUUUGUGGUUUACGUGGGAAUGAGUUUUUCUGUGAAGUGGACGAGGAUUAUAUUCAAGAUCGUUUCAAUCUUACUGGUCUUGCAGAACAAGUGCCCAAAUUCCAUGAAGCUUUGAACAUAAUUCUUGACUUAGAAUCUGAUUUAUCUGAUGAUGAUAAUACUACUACUACUAAUACCAAUACUACUAAUAACAAUAAUAAUCUAGAAAGUACUGAUCAUGUAGAACAAGCAGCUGAAAUGCUUUACGGAUUGAUACAUGCUAGAUAUAUUCUGACAAAUCGUGGACUAGGCACCAUGUUAAACAAAUGGCAACAAGGUGAUUUCGGUUAUUGUCCCAGGGUAUAUUGUACAAAUCAACCAUGUCUACCAAUCGGCUUGUCAGAUGUUCCAUGUGAAUGUGUAGUGAAACUUUACUGUCCCAAGUGUCAAGAUGUGUAUACACCGAAUUCCACUCGUUAUCAUCGUACAGAUGGAGCAUAUUUUGGCACAGGUUUCCCGCAUAUGUUGUUUUUAGUUCAUCCAGAGUAUAGACCGAAACCAGCGGAUAAGCACUAUGUUGCAAGAUUGUUCGGUUUUAAAAUGCAUCCAUUAGCCUAUCAAUUACAAUAUCAAACUGUUUCAAAUUUAACUAAACCAUUUGACAUUGAUAUACAACAAUGUUCCUAACGAGAGCGAGAAAGAGAUACAUAGAGAGAAAAAGAGAAAUAUCAGAUGAAAAUGUCAUGAUUAUUUUUUUAGUUACAUUUUUAUUUUUCAUUAUACUUGAAUAAAAGAUAUUUUCUGCCGAACCCAUCUCCCCCUCCCUCCCCUCCCAAGAAAAAGUAACCAUUGAUUGAAAUUGUUCUUUCUUUUUUUGCAUUUGUUUCUUGGUUUUUUCUUUAUCUCUCCCUUUUUUCUUUGUAUUUUCAAAUUGGAAUGCUAAAAUUGACUUCUUACAUUGUACCAUAUCAAAUCACAAUAGGGUUAGAGAUUGGUUGAUUGAUUGUUGUUUUCGAACGUAUAAAUUGAUUUUGUAUUACAAAUCAGUCAUAUCUAUUGAGUACCAUGGUUGUUUUCUCCCCCGCACCUUCCAUUCAUACUAGGGAGUAAUGGGAGAUCACUCUAAAUAAAAAUCAAUCAGUCAACCGAACGAGACCUUUUUUAUCUAAUUGUCAUCGGUGAGUAGAACUUUCGGGGCGGCCAAACCAAAACAUGGCAGAAAUUCAUCAAGUCAUUGACAAGUGGACUGAGUCAUGUUGGUAG